CAAAACCCCGCUGGCCCGUGUGCCCAAUUGAACCCUCGGCGGCGCGGCGCCGGUGUACCCUCGGCGGCGCGGCGCACACCCAGCUCGCCGGAAGGGAAAUUUUCACACAUGGAUAUAAUUCAUCGUGGAGAUUUAUGCUGAAGUAGUAGGUGAUAAAAAAAUUAUGAGAUAGACAAGAGAAUCAACCGGCGCACGAGUAACUGGAGUUGCAUUUCGCCCAACCACGUCAAGACGCAAUGCCGCCGCCGCCGCCCGCCGUCACCUCCCUGCACCACCAAUGCUCUGUCUUCCUGCGGCGCAUCGCCGAGCAUCACUACCCGGCCUCAUCCUCCUCCUCCUUCCUCCGCGCGCUCCGCUGCCUCCACGCGCGCCUCGUCACCUCUGCGCUGCUUCACGAGCCGUCCCACCCCCACCUCACCCUCCGCCUGCUCCACCUCUACACCCUCUCCCCCGACCUCCCCGCCGCCGCGCUUAUCUUCGGCUGCGACCCGUCCCCCGUCGCCGCCACCUCCCUCGUCACCGCGCACGCCGCCGCCGGCCGCCUCCCCGCCGCCGCCUCCUUCUUCGACGCCGUCCCGCCCGCGCGCCGCGACACCGUCCUCCACAACGCCAUGAUCUCCGCUUACGCACGCGCGUCCCACGCCGCGCCCGCGGUUGCCGUGUUCCACUCCCUGCUCGGCCCCGGUUCCCUUCGCCCCGACGACUACUCAUUCACCGCGCUCCUCAGCGCCGUGUGCCACCUGCACAACCUCUCUGUCCUGCACUGCGCGCAGCUGCACUGCGCGGUGCUCAAGUCUGGCGCCGGGGCUGCCUUGUCGGUGUCUAACGCGCUCAUUGCGCUGUACAUGAAAUGCGAUGCUCCUGAGGCGACGCGGGACGCACGGAAGGUGCUCGACGAAAUGCCGGCUAAGGAUGAGCUCACGUGGACUACUAUGGUCGUCGGGUAUGUUAGGAGAGGUGAUGUCAAUGCUGCUAGUUCAGUUUUUGAGGAGGUUGAUGGUAAAUUCGAUGUUGUGUGGAAUGCGAUGAUUUCAGGGUAUGUGCAAUCAGGAAUGUUUACAGAGGCGUUUGAGCUGUUCAGGAGGAUGGUGCUAGAAAGGGUGCCGCUUGAUGAGUUCACAUUUACUAGCGUCCUGAGUGCUUGUGCAAAUGUUGGGUUCUUUGUGCAUGGGAAGUCUGUCCACGGUCAGAUCAUUCGAUUGCAGCCAGAUUUUGUACCUGAGGCAGUUUUGCCUGUUAACAAUGCAUUGAUGACCUUGUACUCGAAGUGUGGGAAGAUUGCUGUUGCAAAAAGGAUAUUUGAAAGUAUGGAAGUGAAGGAUGUUGUUUCUUGGAACACCAUUUUGUCAGGGUAUGUUGAGAGCAGCUGUUUGGACAAGGCAGUUGAGGUAUUUAAGGAGAUGCCGUAUAAAAAUGAUUUGUCAUGGAUGGUGAUGGUAUCAGGAUAUGUCCAUGCAGGGCUUGCUGAAGAUGCACUUAAACUGUUUAACUGGAUGAGGGCUGAGAAUGUCAAGCCGUGUGAUUACACCUAUGCUGGUGCUAUAGCUGCAUGCGGUGAACUUGGGGCACUGAAGCAUGGAAAACAGCUCCAUGGGCAUCUUGUGCAGCUUGGUUUCAUGGGGAGCAACUCUGCAGGAAAUGCACUCAUUACCAUGUAUGCUAAAUGUGGUGCUGUGAAAGAAGCUCAUCUUGUGUUCUUUGUGAUGCCCAAUGUUGACUCUAUUUCGUGGAAUGCUAUGAUUUCAGCCCUUGGGCAGCAUGGACAUGGAAGAGAGGCACUUGAGCUCUUUGAUCAGAUGGUUGCUGAAGGCAUAUAUCCAGAAAGGAUUUCCUUUCUCACAGUAUUGACAGCUUGCAAUCAUGCUGGUUUGGUGGAUGAAGGCUUUCAAUAUUUCGAGUCCAUGAAGAGGGACUUCGGCAUUAUCCCUGGAGAAGAUCACUACGCGUGGCUGAUUGAUUUGCUUGGUCGAGCUGGACAAAUUGGAGAAGCUAGAGAUUUGAUCAAGACAAUGCCUUUUGAGCCUACCCCAUCCAUUUGGGAGGCAAUUCUCUCUGGUUGCCGGAUCAAUGGAGAUAUGGAGUUUGGUGCAUAUGCUGCAGACCAGCUCUUUAAGAUGACACCACAGCAUGAUGGCACAUACAUCCUUCUGUCCAACACUUACUCAGCUGCAGGACGUUGGGUAGAUGCUGCAAGAGUAAGGAAGCUAAUGCGUGAUCGAGGGGUCAAGAAGGAGCCUGGGUGCAGCUGGAUAGAAGUUGGAAACAAAGUUCAUGUGUUUCUUGUUGGUGAUACAAAACAUCCAGAGGCGCAUGAAGUUUACCAAUUCCUUGAAAUGAUUGGCGCUAAGAUGAGAAAGUUGGGAUACAUUCCUGAUACAAAGGUUGUGUUGCAUGAUAUGGGGCCUCAUCAGAAGGAACAUAUACUAUUUGCACAUAGCGAGAGGUUGGCAGUUGGUUUUGGACUUCUAAAGUUGCCACCUGGAGCCACGGUUACAGUUCUUAAGAACUUGAGAAUAUGUGGUGAUUGUCAUACUGCUAUGAUGUUCAUGUCGAAGGCAGUCGGAAGGGAGAUUGUUGUUAGGGAUGCUAGGCGGUUUCACCAUUUCAACGAUGGAGAAUGUUCAUGCGGUAACUAUUGGUGAAUAUACUUUUGCUGUUAUAAGCAGCACACCUGCUAACAUAUAUCCUCUAGGUCCUUGUCUCAACGUUAUUUAUCAGCCAUCUUGGUUGUAAUCAAACAAAGAGCCUUGAAUAGGAAUAGACUGGACCAACUCGGAUCAAAGAGACCUGGCUUUUCAUGCUCUCUGUCAACUGAGGUCUUACUGUUAAACUGUUAAUCUAUUAGUCUGUUUCAUUAAUGGGUUCAGACUGGUGUGAUACAUGCUACCCUGGAUGCUGGGACCAAUGUACUGUCAAUUUUCAUCUGCCACAAAUCCUUCUCGGUGCCAUAAUGCCAUCGGAUGAUCUAUUGAACGGCAUAAUGAUGAUCAAGGAGCUAAUUCUUCAGCGUAGUCGCGUGGACAGAUUGACUCAAAUGCAUGAGUAACUGUGUGUGUGGGGGG